AUGGCCAGGACAAAGCAAACCGCCCGCAAGAGUACCGGCGGGAAGGCUCCGCGUAAGCAGCUUGCCACCAAGGCUGCUCGCAAGAGUGCACCUGCCACCGGCGGUGUCAAGAAGCCGCAUCGUUAUAGGCCGGGCACCGUGGCCCUGCGUGAAAUCCGUCGUUACCAGAAGUCGACCGAGCUGCUGAUCCGCAAGCUGCCGUUCCAGCGCCUGGUGAGGGAAAUCGCGCAGGACUUCAAGACCGACCUGCGAUUCCAGAGCUCGGCUGUGAUGGCUCUUCAGGAGGCUAGCGAGGCCUACCUGGUCGGUCUCUUCGAGGACACCAACCUGUCAGCAACAGCCGAAAUGUCUGGACGUGGCAAGGGCGGCAAGGGGCUCGGCAAGGGUGGCGCCAAGCGUCAUCGCAAGGUCUUGCGUGACAACAUCCAGGGCAUCACCAAGCCUGCCAUCCGUCGUCUCGCUCGCCGUGGUGGUGUCAAGCGCAUCUCUGGCCUGAUCUACGAGGAGACGCGCGGUGUCCUCAAGGUGUUCCUCGAGAACGUGAUCCGGGAUGCCGUCACCUACACUGAGCACGCCAAGCGCAAGACCGUCACAGCCAUGGACGUCGUGUACGCUCUGAAGCGCCAGGGCCGCACCCUCUACGGUUUCGGAGGCUAAGCAGCUGCACACGU